AAGCCGCAGAGCUUCCUGGUCCGCAGCCUCUUCACCUUCCACAACAAAUGCCAGCUGAUGCUGAGGCUGACCCUGGAAACGAAUGAUUUUCAAACUUUUGGCUAGAGAAAUUGAUUGCAGCAAUGUUUUUCUAGAUCCAUAUGCUCGACUUCUCCUUGAGGCUCUGAAGCAAUCUGGUUGCACUGUCUUCAAUGACCGUCACUUUUCUUGUGAAAACUGUGAUGGCUGUGUCAGUGGAGGUUUUGAUGCUGCUACAUCUCAGAUUGUUCUGUGUCAGAACAACAUUCGCCAGCAGUCCCAUAUGAACCGGGUGGUCACACAUGAAUUGAUUCACGCCUUUGAUCACUGCCGUGCACAUGUUGACUGGUUUAAAAACGUCAAACACUUAGCAUGUUCAGAGAUUCGAGCUGCUAAUCUCAGUGGAGACUGUACUUUGAUGAAUGAAAUAGCCAGGUUCAAAUUUGGAUUGAAAGGGCACCAUCAGACUUGUGUACGAGACAGAGCAAUCCGUUCCAUUCUGGCUGUUAGAAAAGUUAGCAAAGAAACAGCAGAAAAAGCUGUGGAUGAAGUUUUUGAUGCCUGCUUCAAUGAUCUGGAACCUUUUGGAAGAAUUCCACACAGCAAAGCAGAUGCAAAACGUGCUUACAAAGACUUUCAGAACAGAGAUCGCUAUACUGCUAAUUUGUAAGGGCAGGGGGAACCAGAUGAGAAAUUACAUUAAUACCUGAUUGUACAGUAACAUCUGGAGUUAUAGUCUAUGCUCACAGUGCUGAUGGAAAGGGCAAAUUUAUCAAAUGUAUGAAUUAAUUUUUUAGACAUUUUUCAUGAGCCAACUUCCAUGGAAGUAAAUGGGCUAAAUGAACAAGACUACAAACGGUGUUUCCUCACCUUUUAUUCCAGAAAGGUUAUCUAGCAUGCCAAAUGAUUUGUCAAAUACAAUUCAGUGUGCUUUUAAUUUUUUCACUCUGAUUGAUCUGGACUUGGUUUCUGAAAAUUUUGUUGUCACUGAAUAAAUAUUUUCAUAAAAUCUUUACAUUUUCACUAUCUUCAAUAUACAGUCAUGGACUUGAUAAUCUUUAUCACUCUAUUUUAAAAGAUGGCCACCUGAACUACAGCUCUAUGCUCUAGAUUUAAUAACUAUGGCUAAACCUAGAAUUUAAUAACUGCCACAUUUGCUUUUGAGCACCUCCUGAAAUUCUUAGGUGGUCUAACAUUUCCAGUGGUGGGCAAGCUUUUGUGAUUUGAGUCCUUUAUGCCCUUAAUUGCUGCUCAUGUCCUGAUUGUCUCUGGUAGUAGAGGACUGGGUAUGAUGAUCAAUGUUGCCUUCUCCUGUUCUGUGUCCCAAUAUGUUUUGUGACAACAGGACAGUCCAUGUAUGAAGCUUUUUCAGGCAAUAUAUAACUGAGAUAUGGCUGUGGUGGGGCAGCAGACUGGUGAGACUUGAACUGAAGUGAGGCACUGAACUGCUCAGGUAGGGAAAUGUCAGCCCAUGGAGCAAUUGUGAGUGACUGACAUGCUACAGCUGAAAAGGGGAGGUACUCCCAAGUAUCUCCAGAAUUUGGCAGCCUUUGACAGGGCCCUUGUUUGCAGACUUGGGCUCCUUCAAUCCACCUAUUUGUUUCACAUGCCUACAAUGUUUUUGAUCUGACCAUCAUUCUGUAAUUUCCUCCUGGGAAGUAUUCAAUCAUGUGAUAAGUCUCCAGCCCAGUGGUCCUGCUUCUAAGGUGUCACUCAGGAACAAAAUGCCUGAGGCUGACAACAGUGUGUUGCCUUUUCCUGAUCAGCAGCAAGCACUGAGAAGAUUCAAACCUGAGCACGGUCAUCACAAAGGACAAAGCAGAACACACAGAAAGUGCCUGAGAGCUGAUCAAGCCUGAAUUGCCCGAGUUCUGUUUGUGUUGGAUUAUGUGUGGGUUGCAUUUAUUUCCAGGUGUAGCAUAACUCAUACCUACAGGAACCAUUACUUCUGGGGCUAAGCAUUAAUGUAGAACCCUCAGAAAGUCAUUCCCAUUGUACUGGGGGAAGUUAGGUCUUGACUAAGAUUCUUCAAACCUGUGCUUUCAGUAGUUUUACAGAAUUUCAAAUGGAGAUUUCAUAAUCUUUCCUGGGGUGAUUCAUCAGUGACUUACAUAAUCUCAUGGCUGAAUAUCUGAAGAGAAAAAAUAGGUAUAACCUAGAUACCUAUGGAGAAAAUUACACUUGGAAUUCUAGGCUUCCCAUAUUCCAUGUAGUCUAUGUAGACCUGCAGUUUCCAAAAUCCCCUGAGGGUCAGAGAUGCCUUGAAAUCAGCAUAAUAGUGUUAAUAUUCCCUUGACCUUUACUGCUCUUCAAAUCACCAUUUCAGUCAGUAUAAUGUAUGAUACAGGGAUUUUUAUACUUCCAACAUAUAUUCUGGCAAAUAAUCCCUUCCCUUCAUUAUACCUUAUUAACCAAAGUUCUGCUUUAAUGAAUGUGUGUGUGUUUGCAUUUAUAUUGUAUUUUGACCAAUACAUAGUUUGAAUAUAUACAUUUCUAUCUGAGAUAAGCUUCAUCAAAUCUACUUAGGAAUGAAAAAUAUAGCAAUAAAACUUA